GAAUGAGUAGAUGUGUCCAAACUUUUGACUGGUACUGUUUGUACUCUGUCACCAUAUAAAAUACACACAACGAUUUAAACAUUUUGCUAAUUAAGUUAUGGCAUGUACAAUAUAUAUUUUUUCUGGCCUUUGGGAAACCAACUCACAAGGAUUGGGAGAGAGUGAGUGUGGGUAAUGUUGGCCAAUUCAUGUGUGGGUGUAGAGUUGAGGGUCAGUGCACGCUGGGUCAAACAGUAGUUGAAACUAAAUAGUCUGCUUUCCUUCAUCUGAAUUGACAUGGAUAAAAAACAGAACUGCUGAAAGCAAAUACAUCCACAAUAUUACUUUCACCUAUCCCAUGUUUCAGAUCAGUGCAUUUGAAGCAGAGGAGAGGAAGCCACUGAUGACUAUUGAGAUACACCCAGUGAAGGAAGUUGGCUUCAAGAGAGAGUUUGUAUCUGUGGGUAGUCUACACUAACGUUCGAACCAGCACAAGUUCAGAUCAUUCAUUUAUUGUACAGUGAUUUUUGUGAAGCCAUUUGUCUCAGAGCCUGACUUAACAGGAUAGACCUAAACUGUCAGCUAAAACAAUCUGGGACUGGGACUGGACAAAGAGAGGACAGAGAUCCGGUUGUUUUGCUGUCAACCUGCAUUAAUUAUGAAAUACUUGACAGGAGACCUGUUGCUCUUGGCAACAAUGCUCACCACAGUCAACAGUGCAGAGCUGUCCUCGGCAGUGUCAGUGCCAGUGUGACGAGGAGCGGUUGAACAUAGAACCGAGCUCGGUGGACGACCGCUACCCGACGUGCAGGGAGGAGAUGAUGGGGAACAUCACCGCGGGCGACCUGCUGACCAGGGAACGCCAGGCAACCCCCUCUUUCUCCACUGCCUGGUCGCAAGCUGAACGCUGCAAUUUGACCGUGGCGAACCUCACCGACCUCCAUGUCACAGCGCUGACCCUCUACACAAGCACAUACAACCGCACCUUCCCUUUGAUCUUCGAUGUGGAUGCCAGAUCCCUGGGCCCCAACGCCAAAGUCUACUACCGGUACUUCCUGUUUAAGUCCCUCCACUUCCUGCUGACCGACGCCCUGCGGCUCCUGAGGGGGCAGGAUGAGGUGGAGGCAGAGUUGGGGCAGGAUGGGAAGGGCUGCCUACUGGUGUACGCUGACAGUGGGCGCAGGGACAACUUGCGAGGGGAGGUGGGGGAUCAGGUGCGCACCGGGCAUUUCGUCCUGGCAUCCACGCGGCGGUACAGCUCCAGCUUUGACCUGACCAUCCGGACAUGCCACGGGCACCUGCUGCCCCGCUCGCACUCGCGCCACUGUCGCUCCUCUUCAGGCCUCAAUGUGCUGGUGCCACCCUACGAGCUGUUCAGGGUGGUGGCGGUAAAGAGGGUACCUAACAAAUGGGGAGGUGCCCUGAAGUGGCACUUCUACCUGGAGUCCAUUGGCACUAUGACCAACCUCAACUGCGCUAUGACUUCUGCCGUGUGAAUGACAAGUCAGUUUGUACAAAGCAAAUAAAGUUUGUUUGUUUGAAGAAUCGA